GAGGGGUUAUUGGAUGCUGAUGAGCAGGAGAUAUGAGAGGGUGGCGCUUGGCCGUGAGCGGUAUCAAAGAGUAAGAACACCCGGCUCUUUCUGUUUGCCUGCGCCUGCCCUUCCGCCUUCUCGACCAUAACGUGCAAAUGAUUCCUUCCGAUCACGUAGAAAGGAGGCGCACUUCAACGGCCUUCGUUACGCUCCGCAGCCGCCAACCAACAGCUCCGCACUGCACUCCAUCCAAGCUCCGCACUCUUCGUCAAAGCUAUCGACAUAUCACUUCAGCGUACAGCCCCAUCCCUCGCUCUGCUACCACCCAGCCCCCGCGCAUUCUUCGCCGAAAGCUAUCAAGCAUCACUACUGCAAAUACACACGCCUUUCUCUCGCUACAUAGCCAUGGCGUCCACCACUUACGGAACCGCUUUUGUGUUCGCCCUAACCCUGUCCGCAAUCCCCUGCAUGACGCAUCCCCACUCCCCCUGGAGCCUCUCCCCAGACGAGCCAUGGCACGAGAACUACUCCGUCUAUCCGCUGCUCACCCUCGGUUUCAUAGCGAGUCUUACCGCCGUCGUCCUCGCGGGACAGUGGGUUGUUGCAAAGCUGGAAUGGCGGAAUCGGAUGGAAAGGCUGAGAUUGAGGUUGGAAGGGGAUGCGCGGUUGAGGCUGCAGGGAAUAGAGACGAGAAUUGAGGAAUGGAAACGAGAGACAUAUAGAGGGGAGGGGAGGGAGAGAGCGAUCGAGAAGGGCCAGCGGCUGAUUGAGGAUCUGGAAAGGGAGAGAAAGAUGGCUGAAGAGAGUCGGGCGAGGGCGCUGAGGGCGUUGCGGGAGUUGCGGGAGGCGCGGGAGGCGAGAGGAGGGGGCGAGAGUAGUGGGACUAUGGAGUCUGGGUUGGUCACUUGGGUGGAGGAGCCUGGGGAGCGGUGAGGCAUUAUGUGGCGCCGUUCGCGAGCUGAGUUGAAUUGCUCUCGCUGGAGUUGAACGAAAU